UUAUUUGUGCAACAAGAUGGCGGUGGCUCCCGAGAGCAGAGUGCUUUCCUACAGUGUUUAUAAAUGGAGUUCUUACUCCUCGACAUAUUUACCGGAAAACAUUUUGGUGGACAAGCCCAGCGACCAGUCUUCCAGGUGGUCCUCUGAAAGCAAUUAUCCUCCACAGUACUUGAUUUUGAAACUGGAGAGACCAGCUAUUGUACUAAGCAUCACCUAUGGGAAAUAUGAGAAAACGCACGUGUGCAACCUGAAGAAGUUCAAGGUGUUUGGAGGCAUGAGUGAGGAAAACAUGACUGAACUCUUGUCCAGUGGCCUUAAGAAUGACUUCAACAAGGAGACCUUCACGUUAAAGCACAAGAUCGAUGAGCAGAUGUUCCCCUGCAGAUACAUUAAAAUAGUGCCUCUGAUGUCGUGGGGCCCCAGUUUUAACUUCAGUAUCUGGUACAUUGAGCUGCAUGGAAUAGAAGACCCUGAUGUAGUCCAACCCUGCCUUAACUGGUACAGCAAGUAUCGUGAACAGGAGGCCAUUCGCCUGUGCUUGAAGCAUUUCCGACAGCACAACUACACUGAAGCCUUCGAGUCGCUGCAGAAGAAAACCCGCAUCGCUCUGGAGCACCCCAUGCUCACUCACCUUCACGAGCGCCUGGUACUUCGGGGAGAUUUUGAUGCCUGUGAGGAGCUUAUUGACAAAGCCGUUAAAGAUGGUUUGUUUAAUCAGUACAUCAGCCAGCAGGAAUACAAGCCACGAUGGAGUCAGAUCAUCCCCAAAUGCACCAAAGGUGACGGGGAUGACAGUAGGCCUGGCAUGAGAGGUGGUCAUCAGAUGGUGAUAGACGUACAAACAGAGACAGUAUAUCUGUUUGGCGGUUGGGAUGGCACGCAGGACUUGGCCGAUUUCUGGGCCUACAGUGUGCAAGAGAACCAGUGGGCCUGUAUCUCAAGAGACACAGAAAAAGAGAACGGUCCCAGUGCGCGUUCCUGUCAUAAAAUGUGUAUUGACUCUCAGAGGAGGCAGAUCUACACACUGGGCCGCUAUCUGGACUCUUCUGUUAGAAACAGCAAGUCCCUAAAGAGCGACUUCUACCGCUACGACAUUGACGCCAACACAUGGACCUUGCUGAGCGAGGACACGUCUGCAGACGGUGGCCCCAAACUUGUGUUUGACCAUCAGAUGUGCAUGGACUCAGAGAAGCACAUGAUCUACACGUUUGGCGGGCGCAUUCUGACAUGCAACGGCAGCGUGGAUGACGGACGGACAUCAGAGCCACAAUUCAGCGGCUUAUAUGCAUACCACUGCCAGACGGGCACUUGGAGCCUGCUACGGGAUGACUCCUGCAAUGCUGGCCCUGAAGAUGUUCAGUCACGCAUUGGGCACUGCAUGCUCUUCCACACGAGGAAUCGCUGUCUGUAUGUGUUUGGAGGCCAAAGAUCCAAAACCUACCUGAAUGAUUUCUUCAGCUAUGAUGUGGACGGCGACCAUGUUGAAAUAAUCUCAGACGGCACUAAGAAAGACUCAGGCAUGGUACCAAUGACUGGGUUCACACAGCGGGCCACCAUCGACCCAGAGCUGAAUGAAAUUCACGUUCUGUCAGGUCUUAGUAAAGACAAAGACAAGCGAGAAGAGAAUGUCCGCAAUUCCUUCUGGAUCUAUGACAUCGCACGCAACAACUGGUCGUGUGUGUAUAAAAAUGACCAGGCUGUCAAAGAGAACCCCAGUAAGACGCUGCAGGAAGAAGAGCCAUGUCCUCGCUUUGCCCACCAGCUGGUCUAUGAUGAGCUACAUAAGGUACAUUACCUGUUUGGAGGUAAUCCUGGCAAGUCAAGCUCUCCAAAGAUGCGACUAGACGACUUCUGGUCUCUUAAGCUGUGUCGCCCCUCUAAAGAGUAUCUGCUCAGACACUGCAAAUACCUAAUCCGCAAAUACAGGUUUGAGGAGAAGGCUCAGACAGAGCCCUUGAGUGCCCUGAAGUAUCUGCAGAAUGACCUCUCUCUGACUGUGGACCACUCUGACCCUGAUGAGACUAAAGAGUUUCAGCUUCUGCCCUCCGCUCUCUUCAAGUCCAGCUCAGAUUUUAUCCCACUAGGAUUUUCAGACGUGGAUCAGACCUACGCUCAGCGCACGCAACUCUUCGAUACACUGGUCAACUUCUUCCCCGAUAACAUGACCCCGCCCAAGGGUAACCUCGUUGACCUUAUUACCCUGUAGCCCCGCCUCCACACACUACCCCAUCCCACACCUCUCUAUGCCUCUCGGACUCCUCCCACGGAAAGCAGAAGUUAUUUUUCUACAUCUUCCACUUCAGAGAGAGUUGUCACACCUACUGAAUGUGUUCUCUUCGCACGGAAAGGGGGAAGUGUUCCUAUAGUAACACAGCUGCUUAUUUAUCCAACUGAGAAUCUGAGUAAAUAUGAAAUGUGUAAUUUAUGUGGACGAUAUAUUAUGCCAAAUCUGAAAUCAUGGAGUCAUUUAUUAUUAUUUUUUUUCCUUCUUUCUUUGAAGCACUUGAGUGCAUUUGUUUUUUCCCCAGUUUUUUUUUUCCUUUUUCUCUUUCUCUAGGUUGAAAAGGAUGAAAUGAGCGAAAUGGAUUGAAUUCACAAAUCUGCCAAAGCUUUGAUUUUUUUUCUUUUUUUCUUUUUUCAGUCUGUGUUAGUUUCAGGUUUGGCUCAGUUCAGUUCUGUUUUCGAAGGCUUGUUUAGUGUUUACUACAAGGAAGGUUUGAAUUGGUCAUCAGGUCUCUGAUGUGGCCCUUCUCUCACCACUCUACACCUACACACACUCGAGCGAUUUCUGCAGUCGCUGUGGCUGCGCAGGUGUUUUCUUUUGCGUGUGUGUGUGGGGACUGUAAAUUGUAGCAUUGCCCUGGUAAAUGUUUUGCUGAGACUGCUGUAAAGUGGAGUGGUUUCAGUUUGCACUCUGAAUUUCUAAGCCUGGGUUAACGGUGAUCAGUUUUGAAUGUAUUUCUCGUUGCCCUCGCUGCCUACUUCAUUAAGAAUUUUUUUUUUCUUUUUUUUUUUUUGUAUAAUUGAGCUAAUCGAUGCUCUCAGUCUGACCCUGCUGCUUUUCAGGUGGUCUCAUAAGUAGGGAUGCAACAGUUGUGGAUCUGGUGCUCAGCAGUUCAGGAGUUCCAUCAUCGGCAUGAUCGUCAUAUAACAAGCUGUUGGGGUGUUAAAAUUGCAGGCAUGCACUUCAGAGAAAGGGCAGAGUAGAACUGUGUUGAGUGAUGUGGUUUGAUUUGUGAUUUCUUCAGAUGAAACCAGUGGUGCUAAAUGACUAAUGCAGUUUCGGUUUUGCUUACAGAAUGUGCCAUAGCAGCACUUGGCAUACACUACCGUUUAGUAGCUGUUCAAUAGUUUUUGUUUUUUUUCAGCAGAAGAAAAACAGUUAAACGUAAAAGCUGUGAGUUGAUGUAUUGGAGCUGAGUCGCUGCUCUUUCCUCAGAGUGCGCUGUGAUGCUUCUCUCUAAUGCAACAUAAACGUCAGUUGGAAAAGAGGCGGUGGCUAGGUUCUCAUGUGUCAGGAAAAAAAAAUGAACACAAAUACAGCAAAACCACUACCAAAAUUAUUUGGGAGAAAAAAAAAUACUCAUAUAGGCACAUAACUCUUCAACAAAUUAAUGCCUACUGUAUCAAUAAUUACAGUGCAUCAUUUAUCAUUAUUUCACUAAUUUCUUGUCUCCAAAAUAGAAAAGAGUAUUUUUGAGGGAAAAAAAACACUUGCAUUCAAUACGUUCUGGUUUCCAUCCAAACUUUUUAGGUUCGUUGACUGCAUGCUAAAGCCUAGUCUGCACAAUUCCCUAUAAUUCUAGAGUUCGCUACGCACACCAUAAAAAAUUGGGCAAAAAUGAGCAAAGUUCAUUUUAAAAUGGAAUUUUUUACAAAUACAAUUAAUUUCCUCAAAGAAAUGAAAAAGCAUGUGAUUUUUGUGGCACACUAAGAUCCUGAGAAAAAUGUACAAUUUCAUAGGACAGUCCUGCAGGAUUAAUAAGUUACGGGUGUGUACAUGUUACAUGUUAGUAUACAUGUGAAGUCAGCCACUGCCUCUUUUCGAACUGCUGCUGUUGCAGCAUUGACGAGUAUCAUCACAGCACACUCGGAAGAAAGUGCAGCGACCUGGUUCCGAUACAUCAGCUCACAGAUGCAGCCUUGUGCUGAUCGACAUCACCCUUUUGAGAAAUAAGGGGAAAGAGCCCAUCUACCCACACAGAGAGAGCAAGGCUAAUUGGGCUCUCUCGGGGCUCCGGUAGUUGUGAUGGCAAGCUACAUGAACAGGAUUCAAACCGGCGAUGUAAUGACUAUUAUAGUGGCAGCGCUUAGCCUGCUGUCAAACCGUUAAUUAUUAAUAGUAAUUUCAAGCUUCUGAACGGUAGCGUAUGUCGCGUAUAUCUCUGUUUCCGUCUAUUAAUAUCAAAUAGACAUUUCUGUUUCUCAUCCAAGCAGUCUUUAAGCACAUAGAUGCAAAACUCCUGGCCAGCACCAACUCCAGACGACUUAAACGCCUUACUGGGGACCACCAGAUGUGUCGUAGAGACACCCCGCACCCCCCCUUAUAUCCUUAUAUAUCCUUCCAUUGUCAGUAGUGCAAUUGUGUGUCUACACCUAUGUGAGGUUUGCACUUGUCCGUGAGGUCUCGGAGAGUCGAGGUACUACUUCUGCAUUACCUGCAUCUCCCUCUGCUCCUGUUGAUGGUCAUCUGUGUGCACUACUGGACAGGCCGGAAUGUUUUAGAGGUAGUCUUCCAUAUGAUGUAGUGUGUAAAUAUAGACAUGUAUAAAUGUGUGUGCGUAUGUAUGUGUGUGUGUGUAAAUAUACAAAGAUUUACUAUUGAAGUAUUCCCAUAUUCCCAUCGGCCUGAUUCUGGAGCAUUUUCUGACGGGAUGCUGUUUUUGAUUGAUGGGUGAAGUGUUAUUAAUGCUUAAAUCUUAUGUUUAAAACCAAUUUGAACUAAUAAUAUAAAAUAUCAUUUUUGAAGGCUCUCCUUUAGCUACUCUAUAAGCAGAAAGACAGAAAAACGCGUCUAGUUUCGCACAUCUAGUUAAUACAGUUAAUCAUGCAAAAUGCUGUCUGCUUCCCUGUGUGCAAGAAUUAUCGAUUGCCCCCUCGAUUCCAGAACUAAAUUAAAUUAUGCCUGUUUUUGCUUAUUUCCAGCAGUUACUCAGUUUUAGGGAUCCCAGUGCAGUGCAGCACAAUCUUGGACACCAGUACAGUUUCUAAAUGGGUUGCAUAAGUUUUGCUUAAUUGUUUUUGCUUUGUUUUACCUUUUCCUUUUUUUUUUAAAGAAACUCUCCAUAGUAGUUUAUUAGGCUUCAGAACGCCUGUGCCAGGAAGAUACACAAGCAUAUAGAGCAGUGUGAAAGAUGGAAAACACAAUGGGAGCACCUUUUAUGAAACGCGAUGCCAAAUUGCUUCUUCUGGUGUGGAUUUUCUGUAUCUGGAAAUAAAAGUACACUUUCCCUUUUUCCAUUUCCCUGAAAAAAAAACAACACCCACCCCCCUCUCCUCAGUGAGGCUAGUGGGCUAUGUGAACACUACACUGUGGCUGACAUGAAUGUGUAGAUCAAUACUGAAAACAAAUGGAAAAAACAACAGCAUUGUAUGUAAUGUACAUAAUGAAUAAAGAUUGUAUUUUGUUCAGGUUUUCUAAUUAAA